AUUUUGUUGUUUCUCUCGUUGUUAUUCGGUGUGAUACCUCAACACCCAAAAACUGCCCGCGAUGCCAAACAACCACAAAUAUUUAAUACUCACUCAACACUAACAACUUUAAACUUCAAUGCGAACGUUGCUGCUGCUGGUGUACAUUUGCGGGGGCGUUUUCAUGACAUAUGGUCGUGUGUCGAACGGCGUUUGGAAAUCGAUGUAUUCAAUUGGGGUUUCUUUGGUUCGAUUUAUUUGCACAGGUACCGCUUUGUGGAGCUUCACUAUCAUCGUCAAGAUCGCAAGAAGAAGGACGCACCACCGCGUAUAGAAACCGUUGUUAUUUAUUUGCCAGAUGUGCAUUCUUGUAUGCCGAAUGCUACACAAUGGCAAGAACUUAGCCAAGUUUACAAGAAUGCUGUGGAAAAUGUAAUCGCACGCAAAAGUGCUGCCGCCAAAGCAGCCGCUGCAAGUGGUACCGCCGCUGAUGCUGAAGGAGCUGCCUCUUCGCCAGCUGCUGAGGAUGCUGAUGCUGCGGACACUUCAAACACCCACGCUGCACAGGAAGAUGCUGAUAAAACUGUCAUAAAUGAAAGUAUAACAUCGAACAAUGAAGAAGGGACCGAAACUGCAACAACUAAUGGAGGGGGCGAAAGUGCUGUCAAUGGGGAUGCUGAGACCGGAGCUGAUACUUCUACGGAAGUUAUUACUAUAGAGGAGGAUGACCAAACGGAAGCUACACAUUAUUCGAAGUUGGAGUUGAAGUCAAUGAAGGUGCAGGAAAUACGCGAUGAGUUAACCGCACGUAAUCUAAAUUCCAAAGGUGCUCGAAAUGUAGUAAUGGCACGUUUGGCAAAGGCAUUAAACACUGAAAAGGCAGAAGAAAAAGAGGCAAAAAAGACAUUGCCGAAGGUAGAAGAGGCAAAAACAGAAGCCAAGCCCUCUAAAACCAUCGAACCAGUAAACAAGAAAAAAGAAUCGCCUAAAACUGAAGAGCCUGUCGCGAUCGAAGAAAACGAUAAACCUAAGGAAGAAGACCAACAAGAAGAACAAGAAGAAUGGAAUGAAAAUGACGUUAUUGACGUUGAUAUGACUGACAUUGUCAUCCUUGAUGAAUAUGAUUCAAGCAAAAAUCCAGAGGAAACCCCAAAAGAGUUGAAUGAGAAGGAAAAAAAUCAAUUGAUACGCCGUUACAAAUUACCAACUAAAGAGCACAUCAUUGUACACCCGAACAAAACCGCCAGAGGUGGCAAUUUUGAUUGUUCAAUAAUGUCUUUAUCGGUGCUAUUAGAUUAUGGCCCAGGUGAUACAAAGGAACGCUUUUUUGAGGUUUCAAUUUUUGCCGAAUUAUUUAACGAGAUGUUAAUGCGCGAUUUCGGCUUCAAUAUCUACAAAGAGAUGUACCUUUAUAACGAUGAAAAAGCCGAUGCGGCAAAAGAUAAAAAUGAUGAUGAAACCAACAGUGGAAAUAAAACAGAAGAUGGUCAAGCCAUGGAAGUCGAUGAAGAGUCUAAAGCAACCACAGAUGUAAAACCCAACGCUGAUGGUAUCGCAGAAAAAUCGGUAUCGGAGCGUAGAGCUUCAAAACGUAGUGUUGAUGUUGAAGCCGAUACCGAAACGCCAUCUAAAAAUACGAAUGACCGCAAACACAAGUCCACAGCAGCCACUAACGGCAAGGAAAGGGAGAGGGACCGUGAAAGAGAACAUGCUUCUGACAAAAAAAUGAUUGUUGUGAAGCCACAUCUUUUACUGUCUUUUAUUUAUUUCGACACUACUCAUUGUGGUUACAUAUUUGAAAAGGAUUUGGAGGAUUUAUUCACCGUUUUGGGUUUAAAUUUAUCGCGUGGCCAGAUACGCAAGAUGCUUGGCAAACUCUCUAUACGACAGGCAUUUUAUUACCGAAAACUCACCGAAAAGGAGGAAUCUAAAGAGGCACCACCCAAAAUUGAGGACGAAGACGAUAUACCCAGCGAGGAGUUAAAGAAAAUCGCUCUGGGAAACAACGUCUAUUUACCACUUGAAAAUGAGCCAAGCACCAGCGGAAGAAUUGUAGAAAAUGCUACCGCUUCCAAAAUCGAUACAGAUGAUGACGGUCUCGUCAAUUAUAAUGGAAUUGUUAUCCACGUUGGCAAACUAUUGGAACAAAUCAAGCGCACCGAAAAGAACUAUGGCGACUUGGAAAAAUUGUACAAUGAUCUCCGAAAACAGCACACUGACUUGCAGAGAGAUCAUAACAAGUCUAGCAACAAAGUCAAAGACUUGCAGUCCGAGGUUAAAAGUUUGAGUCGGAAACUUUCCGAUACAGAUCAAGAUUUAUUCGCGUUGAACCGUAAAUAUAGGGAUCAACACGGUACACUAUCCGCCAUUUACCAUCGUGUAGCACCCUACUUUAGAAGUGAAAAAGACAAGGAUCAUAAAUCAGAUAAGGACGGAGAAAAGGAUGCAAAAGAUAAAACUAAAGAUAAUGACAAGUCAGGCAAAGAUAAGGAGAAGGAGAAGGAUAAGGAUAAGGAUAAGGAUAAGGACAAAGAAAAGGAGAAGGGCAAAGAUAAGGAGAAGAUUAAGGAAUCUGGCAAAAAUGUUGAAAAGAAAACUGAAGGCAGCGAUGCCAAGGAUAACAACGAAGAAAACGAAGCCGCUGCUGAAGAAGAGGAAACUGCAAUAGCAGUAGAAGAGCAGAAUGACCACGAUGAAGAAGAGGAGCCAGAGGAAGAGGUUGAGGAAGAAGAAGAAACAAAUGAAGAUUAGGAAUGCAUUUAUUUUAGGAGUUGAGCUGGAUUUUUCCGUGGACACAUAAACAUUUUAUUAAUAUUGGCAAUUAUUACCCUAUGACUGCAUAAGUUAUUUUUAAUCACUAUUUACGUAACUAUCCUUUGGAAUACAUGUAAGUGCAUUGUGAAUUAAAUGCAUACAUACGAUAAUGAUAUUCAAUGGAUUUGUAAAAGUAUGUAGUUUCAAAUAAAGAGCUGCAACGGCUAGACUACGAA